GCCGCUUCUGCUUUCUCACAACUGAGGAAGCUGUGUCCCACUGCCAGUGCUGUCAUUAAAGAGGAGGAGGACACAGACACAGCAUCAGAAGAUGAGUCAGAUGUCAACACAGAGACGCUUCCCCUGUGGUAUACAGGUCUUGUCAUCCAGCCAAAGUCCCUGUUACUAGUGUUAGUGUAGACAGCAUCCUUGAGGAUGUUCGGUGCAACCCCGAGCAAAUCACAAACCUCAACAAAGCUACAGUGGGGCAGUCCAAGUCUGCUUUAUGGCGUCAGCAACGCAAGGGUCGUGUGACUUCUACAUCCAUGCAUGAUGUCCUUCAUGCAUCAAACCCCACCACUGCAGUACGGAAGGUCAUGCAAUAUGACUGCAAGGAUUUGAGCCAAGUUCCAGCUAUACAAUGGGGGAUGAAACAGGAGGAGAAGGCAAGGCAACAGUACCUGGAAGCUACCUUGUGCAUCUGCAAGGAUGUGAAAUUGGAGGAAGUGGGGCUCAUUCUCUACAAGGAUUUUCCCUUCAUAGGUGCAUCUCCUGAUGGGAUGAGACAGUGUUCAUGCCAUGGAAGAACUGUGAUUGAGAUCAAGUGCCCAUACAAGUACAGGGACAUCUAUCCUGCUGCAGAUCUGUGUCUAUCAGAUGCCAACUACUGUUUAGAUAAGGAUUGUAAGCUAAAGACAGGGCACAGAUAUUACACCCAAGUCCAGACACAUAUGCUGGUUACCGGUGUCUCAACAUGUGAUUUUGUAGUGUGGACUAAUGCAGGCAUGGUUGUAGUAAAUGUUCCAAGGGACCAGUCACUGUUAAAUGUAAUGUUGUCUACAUGUGUCCAGUUUGUAAAGUCCAGUCUUAUCCCUGAGAUACUGACCCACAAGAAACAGUGUGGAGACUCUGGAGUAGAUGUGACUUUCCAGGAAGAUGAUGACCCAAACAAACGUUACUGUUCUUGUCAGAAACCAGCAUAUGGUAGGAUGGUAAAGUGUGAUAACAAUGAAUGUGAGUCAGAAUGGUUCCAUUACAAAUGUGUUGGCAUCAAGAGAAAACCAAGGGGCCAUUGGUUCUGUCCCAGUUGUCAAUGCUAAAUCCUACUGGACAGUUUGAAAUACUAAAAAUACUAGUAUAACAAUAGAAGGCAUUUUACAGUUUUAUGUCAUGUUUUAAAAAACUAAUGUAAAACAAGUAAGAAUUGUACUUUGUGGUAUACUUAUUAUAUUGUAGUGGGCUUCCCAAAAAUUUGUUUUGUGUCCCUUUAACAUUUUACCUUCAAUCUCAGUAUUUUGAUAUACAGAAAAGGCCAGCUCGUGCAGACAACAUUGCCAUUAAAAAUUACUUGAUUAGCUUUGGAAGUAAGUUUGUAAGAGCCGCACAGAUAACAACACUGUCACUGAGUAGAGGGGCAAAUGUUAAUGGACAGAUUUGGCUGAGAAUUUGGAAGUUCUUGAUUCUUUCAAUUGCACGUUCUACAUGAAUUCUUAGAGUUGAUAUCUGUCUGGCAUCUUGGACGAUACGCCCCGGGAGUUGUGUCCUUCCUGUGGUAAAUGGUGGCAUAACUAGUGUUGCUCCUUUCAGGGCAAGUUCCUCAGAAAUGGUGAAUCCCCGAUCUGCCAUAAUCAUAUCACCAUAUUCCACUUUGUUAUAGAAACGACUUUUUAGCGUAAUGUCUUUAUCAGAAAUUCUUCCACCCCAGGAACUGGACAGAAAUGACACUGCUCCAUAAGGUGUAAUACCUACCAGAAAUUUGAACGUAUGAUGGUGUUUGUAGUUACUCCAGGUCUUUGCUCGGGUCUUUAAAUUGUAUGGCCUCUCAGUGAAAAUCUCUGAGCAAUCAAUGAUGACUCUACAGUUUGAGUAUUUUUUUUUCCGAAAUUUUUUGGGAAGAUUGCGCUUUACGGUUUCCUUGGACGGCCAAUGAAUCAGGAACUUUAGUCGGACAGCUAAGAUUGGAAUACAACGGUUUAUGACUUUUGAAACUGUGGAGGCAGAAACACUAAAUCUCAAAGCUAGAUCAGCAUUUUUGAGGCCUAGUCUCAACUUCAUGAGAGUCAUGAGUAUUUGAUCCUGCUGACACAUGGACUUUAGAGGAGCAAUGAAAUCACUAACAAGUCUAAACACAAACAUAAACAGU